AUGAUGGAACUGAGGCCUUAUGUUUUACUGAUACCUUUAAUUGCAGGACUAGCCAUCCUCUUAAACUUAAUUCACCAAGAUAACUAUAAAUUUUCCCCACAGACUAAGUCAUCUACACUUAAAAAUAACUGUGACUCUUUAUUAAAAUCUGGACGGUACCUUGAUGACGUGUCUUACAUGCCUAAAGGUUGGCAGCCUGAUGGAUGUGUAAUAAAAGACUACGUCUCCUUUAAUGCUAGUAAUAUGGGUGCUUGUUUCAAACCAGGAGAUAGAAUUCUAAUUACUGGAGAUUCCACCGCCCGACAAGUUCUUUGGGGCUUUACAAACGUUCUAACUGGAAUCACUCAAGAAGUCUUUUCACCCAAACAUCAAAUAACUCUCAAUGUCGAUAAUGUAACUGUAUACUUCCAAUGGGAUCCCUACAUUAAAGAAAAGGGAUUGAAAAUGAUAUCCGAUGCCGCAAACCGUGAACCACCUCAGCCAGAUCCAAAGGCAAAGGACAAUUCCAUUACCCAAGAUCUUACAUAUUCACCUAAAACUUAUUUGAUUCUAACUAGUGGUCUUUGGUACGUUCAACAUAAAAUCCCCGAUUAUAAACAACAAAUGGAAAAGAUUUUUGCACUAAUUGAUGGUGCAAAGGAAAAUAACUUUGAGCAAGUGUACUUUUUAAGACCACUUAUCCCACACUUUGUUAUGCUGGAUGAGGAACACGCUCGAGAAUUAACACCUUUAGAUAUCUCAAACGUUACUAAUACUACCGAUCUAUUGUUUAACUAUAAUACUAAAACAAGAUCUGGAGGCGUGAGGUACAAAACAACACCCGGUCAUGAACAUGAAAUCUCAACGUAUUACGUACCUGUGGUUAACGACUUUUCCAGCGAAAAUCACCCAUGGCAACGUGAUGAGUUUGGUGUCCAUUUAACAGAGCCUGGGUUUCGAUUAGAAGCCAGUUUAUUAUUGAACCACAUUUGUAAUGCUAAAAUUUCUCGAGCACAAAAUGAGAUACCUGGUGGAGUUACUUGUUGCAUCGACUAUAGUCAUAAUUCCCAACAACCAUUUUGGAAAAAUAUUUUAUUCAUGGUAAUAGCUUUUGGUCUCUUUUUUACAAUUGGCCGUAUUGGUGGCUCUAUUAACAAACUAGCAAUUGCAGAGUUUUUUGUCAUUGGGCUUGUGGCUGGCAUUGCAUUCUUGACUAAUCAAACUCAUAUUGUCACCAAAAUUGCUAUUCAGUACAAUCAAGCCGAAUUUAUUGUGUUUUUAUACGUAUGGGUUAUAUUCACUUUGGUAUCUGGAAUACAUGGUACCCCUCAUAAUGACACCAAUAGAGCAGAAAAGCUUUUUGUACGGGAAUGGAAGGGUAUUUGUGCAUCUCUUUUGAUUCUUUUUAGAUAUGCAGGGUAUGAUCUUCUUCCUCAGUCAAUGGCCGGAGAGAUUUUUGUGCGCGUGCUUCUUACAACCUGGGUCAUGCUGGAAGUUUACUUGUAUUCGCUUGAAUAUCAUGAGUCUGAGGAAUCCCAUCAAGAGUCUCUGAAAACUUGGGGACGUGCUGUUUCACAUGCUGCCGUACUUCCACUUUUAUUAGGUGCAGCUGGUGUUUCGAAAACUUUUGAGAAUUCUUCACCAGGUACAAUUACUUACACUUUAUUACCAAUCGAGUUAAUAUAUUGGUAUACAUUUAUAUCCCUUGUUGAUCGCCUGGCUACUAAAACAGGUAGAUUAAAGUCAGCAUGGCGUUGGAAUCAAAGUCUUUUCGAAAUUGUUUUUAUUAUUAUUGUUGCAAUCAUCUCCCGACUAAUUGUUCAAAUAGGAAAGAACAAGGACAAUUGGGGGGAUUUGGAUCUUCUAUUGAAAGACUAUUGGGUUGUUUUAUUUGCUAUUUUAAUUCCACGAAUUCGGAAAAUAUUUCCAAUUAAGGAACCAAUUCCUUAUCUUCAUUUUUAUGCCGGGUUUGGUUUAAUAACUGUCAUUACCUUGGUAUUUUUCAAAUUCAAUUUUGAUUUCCCCGGUCAACCUUCUGAUAGUCACUAUCGUCAUCCAUUUAAUUCGAUAGACGUUGUCCAAAAUGCCAAAUAUUUCAUUGUGCGUGAAAAAACAUAUACUUCAUUUACACAUUUUUUUAUCGUUAUUUCCACAGGUCUAUGUUAUGGAGUACUACGAUUUGGGUUGCUUAGCAGUACCGAUUUUCGGUUUAGUUGGUGGGCCUCGAAGACUGCCCAGUUUAGUUACGAAGCUCUUGAGCUUCAUCCUUAUAUUUUACUUGCUUCUAGUGGGUCUGUUAUUUUGGAGUAUUUACCUACAGGAAUUGAGACUUCUCUUCAGAACAUCAAAGUCUUGAAUCCUUGGCUUUCAGACUGGGUUUUCCCAUACAUGUGGUGGAAUUUUCAAGAAAAGGUCCGCAAAAGCGUGGCUUUUACGAUUGCUUUUGGUAUGUUUGCAAUAGUUUCUUGGGUGGCUGCUGAAGUUUGGAAGAAUAAAAAGGUAUAUAAUGAAUCUGAAAAGGUUUGA